UCUUCGAUUCUUUCAAUGACUGAGACCUCAAACUCCAGCAACUUAUCAUCUUCAUCCGACAAGCAAUCGGACCCCAAACCCACUUCGUCGGUAAAGCUAUUCGGCUUUUCACUGACUGAGAAAGCUGAAUACUUGGGAGAAAGCAGGAGAUUCGAGUGCCCGUUUUGCUGCCGGGUAUUCGCAAAUUCACAAGCACUUGGUGGGCAUCAAAAUGCUCACAAAAGAGAGCGUCUAAGAGCAAGGCGAACCCUGCUUCACACCCAUCAUCAUCAAAAACAACAACAACAACAACAACGAUUCUUGGCGGUUGCGCCGCCCGUUUUAAGCGUCGUCCAUGCUGUACGGUCGGUGCCGCAAGGGUUGACAACCAACGCCGCCGGUAAAUUCGUGUCGCAACGGCCACUGCUGGUUCGUUCGACACCUUGUGAUCAGUGCCCCUCUCGGAUUUACAUGGCGCGGUCAUUGCAUUUCGCUGCAUCAGCACCUCCGGAAGCGGACGUUAGCGUUGAUCUUCAUCUUAAACUAUCUCCUUCAGGUUGUUAGAUAUGAUUGUAACAAGGAUUUUAUAUAACCCCUUUUUUCUGUUU